UAAUCAUUGUGGCACCCUGCGUGCGUGCGCGAGGAGAACAUAUAUGGACUUUGCCUUUUUGCUGUGUCUGGUUCGUUUCAAGAGAUGAAAUAACACAUUUUUGGGGUGCGGACUACAGAAUAACGAUUAUCACUAUGAGCGGCCGACGCAACAGAGGAGGUCCACACAAGACAGAGCCGGUCACUGACCUGACAAGAUGGCGUCUGUCCAAUGUGGACGGCCGACAAACAUGGAGAUACAUCGAGGAAGGGGAACCCAUCGAAAGAGAACAGAACUUGGUGGAGAAGUUCAGCUUAGGACUGGAUAUUAGCAAAGAAGCCCCGCCCUUCCCCAAACCCACCACGCCCCAAGAGGCAGCCACCAAUGGGAUGGUCUUCUACUCAAGGCUCCAGACGGAAGACGGCCACUGGAGCGGAGACUAUGGGGGACCUCUCUUCCUCAUGCCAGGACUGCUUAUUGUGUGCUACAUCACCAAGACAGAAUUGCAGGAUGCCGUCAAGAAGGAAAUGGUGCGAUAUCUGCGCUCUGUUCAGUGUCAAGAUGGCGGAUGGGGGCUACAUAUCGAAGGCCCGCCCACAGUCUUUGGUUGCGCCACUAACUACGUCGCGAUGAGACUGCUGGGUGUUGCCGCCGACGACCCGGACCUCAUCAAAUGCAGGAAGUUGCUUCAUUCGCUAGGAGGAGCCGCGGCCAUUCCGUCCUGGGGCAAGUUCUGGCUGUCGGUCCUCAAUGUCUACUGCUGGGAUGGUAUGCAUACGCUUUUCCCUGAACUUUGGCUGUUUCCGACCUGGAUCCCCGCCCAUCCGUCCACUAUCUGGUGCCACUGCAGACAAGUCUAUCUACCCAUGAGUUACUGCUAUGGCAUCAAGUAUCAAGCAGAAGAGGAUGAUCUGAUCAGGGAACUGAGGAAGGAGCUCUAUACUCAAGACUACCAUACCAUCGACUGGCCAGCACAGAGGGAUAACAUAGCCAAGGUGGAUCUGUACACCCCUCACAGCUGGCUCUACAAUCUGGCGUUUGGUUUCCUGGAUGUCUAUGAGCCCUAUCAUUCCACUGCUUUCCGUCAGAGGGCUCUUGACGAAUGCCUGGAUCACAUCCGAGCUGACGAUCGCUUCACCAAGUGCAUAAGCAUUGGACCUAUAUCCAAAGUCAUCAACAUGUUGGUCAGAUGGAUUACUGAAGGAGCAGACUCAGAGGUCUUCAAGCAGCAUGUGGAACGCAUCCCGGAUUACCUAUGGAUUGGUCUAGAUGGCAUGAAAAUGCAGGGAACCAAUGGUUCACAGCUCUGGGACACGGCCUUCGCUGCCCAGGCUUUCUUAGAAGCAGGAGCAUCAACCAACAAGGAGCUACAUGAAUGCUUACAGCGAACCCACGACUUCCUGAAACUCACUCAAAUACCGGACAAUCCGCCCAACUAUCAAAAGUACUACCGACAAAUGAACAAGGGGGGUUAUCCAUUCAGUACCCGCGACUGCGGCUGGAUUGUGGCCGACUGUACAGCCGAGGGACUCAAGGCAGCCUUGAUGCUGGAGACAAUGUGCCCCACCGUCAAGGAUCACAUAGAGAAAGAUAGGCACUACGAAGCCGUGGAUGUGAUACUGAAUAUGCGAAACAAAGAUGGCGGAUUUGCCACCUAUGAGACCAUGAGAGGAGGAAUCAUCCUUGAGAAACUCAACCCCUCCGAAGUUUUUGGCGAUAUCAUGAUUGACUACACCUACGUUGAGCUGACGUCGGCCGUGAUGCAAUGCCUGAAGAAAUUCAGUGAGCUGUAUCCUGAGUAUCGCAAGGACGAGGUCAGAUCCACGCUGGACAGGGGCCUGUUGUACAUCGCUAAGAAACAAAAGAUAGAUGGAUCAUGGGAAGGAUCUUGGGGCGUGUGCUUUACUUAUGCAGUCUGGUUCGGUCUGGAAGCCUUUGCCUGCAUGGGAUACAGCUAUGAAAAAGGGACCAAUACUAUGCAAAUUAGGAGGGCAUGUGACUUCCUGGUGUCCAAGCAGAUGGAGGACGGUGGAUGGGGGGAGGAGUUUGAGUCCUGCGAGGAGAGGCGGUACAUUCAGAGCAAGACGUCGCAGGUCGUCAACACGGCGUGGGCGGUGCUAGCACUCAUGGCAGUCAGAUUUCCACAACGUGAGGUUAUCGACAGAGGCAUCAAAGUGAUCAUGGACCGACAACUGCCAAAUGGGGACUGGGCUCAGGAAAACAUCAAGGGCGUAUUCAACAAGUCCUGUGCGAUCAGCUACACGAGUUACCGGAACGUCUUCCCCAUAUGGGCGCUGGGUCGCUACGCCCGUAUCUAUGGCAACAGCUCAUAGCCCGUCCAAUCACAAUGUGUCUCCGGACAACUUUAGGUUGGUGCUUUCCUCCUUGGAGCAGUAGGAGUAGUGUAGAUGGUAGUGGCACCAGACUGGUGCAAGAAAACGUUUUAUAAAUCUGAAAUGACAAAAACUAUGUACAAAGUGUGGCCAAAAUAUUUCUUUUUUUAAAUCAACUUCAGAAGAUGUGAUUUUGUAAUAAUUUGCAGGCACCUGAGAAGUUACCAUGGUUUUUUUUUGGUUUUUUCUACUUUCACAAAAUCCACUGGUACCCCUAUUUUUUAAAACUGAAACACGAUUUGUCAUACUGGUACCCAGCACUUGUGAGAAGAAUUGCUGUAACUUCUGUAGUAAAUGAACAAUCGAAAAUGAAUUUGAUAGAAUGUACACGUAGAUAGCGUUCACUGUGGAUAAAUCAAAUUCUGUGCUUGAUUUAUAAACUGAACUACACUGGCAUAAAAAAAAUCCAACACCACGCCUUAGGUAUGGACAGUGGCUUUGCAUGCAUCACUAACUUAAACAACAAGCUAUGCUAAUAUUACAUCGAAAAAAGGAAUUAAAAUUUAAGAUAGAUAUUUCCAAGAUUUUAUUUAAGUGAAAAAAUGCAAGGGGUUAGCCUUACAUUUUUAUCAAAAUUUGGCC